UUUCAUCUCCGGAUCACGCAAUCUACGAAUAGGGUUUGGAAACCUUCUCCGACUCGUCAGAGGAGGCUACAUCCAACAAAUAGCUCAGCCCAGGCGUCGACUUGACUUGAUUGGAUCGUCGCACGACGGUAGGAGCGUCGUUACAAUAACAAUCUUGCUUGUGAUCUUCGUUGUCGCCCGCAGUUGCCUAGUUUUUGAGAUCGGAUCGCAAUGAACCUCAACAGGGUUGGCUGCCAACUCCGUGAUCUGCGGGAAAUCGACAGGCCAAUCAAGCUGCCAGAUGACGUGCUGCUCAACAUCGUGGAGAGGAUGAGCACGCUCGACGCCAUUAGAACCUGCAUCAUCUCAAAGGAAACACUCAAGCUCCUGACGAUGCUGUCACAGAUCAUCAUCGUCAUUGGCACCACCGAACUGCUCCGAAUCAACGGCGUUGUGGCUGACGUGACCAGCAUGAUCCUGCGAACAAGGGCUCCGCAGAUCCCCAUACGCAACCUGAAGCUCAAGUUCAUCCUGAGAGGCGACGACCAUCUCAAGAUCGGCAGAUCUGUCGCCCUCGCCAUGGUGACGCAGGAGAUUGACGUGGCAGAGUUCGAGAUCCUGACGAACAAGGGUUCUUAUGAUUGCACUCGAGCGGAUCUCCUCUUCUUUGCAACUCAGUUCAAGGCUUUUAUUGGCGAGUGUCCAGAUGCAUUUGGUGGCCUCACACGGUUGCAUCUGCAGAAUCUGAGGUUUGGUGAGUCAGACAUACCAAACAUCCUCAUCACUUGCAAGCGGCUAGAAUCGUUGCAUUUUUUCUUGUGUGAUGCAGGGCCACGUUCAGUACUGAGCGUAGAACACGCUCGACUCAUCGAGCUUGAUAUCACCCAUGGGUAUUUCAGUACAGUAGAGCUUAAGUAUCUACCAAAACUCCAACGGAUGAGCUAUAAUAAUUGGCACUAUGCUAAGAACCCCCUGGUUCUUGGUUUUGUCCCUCAGCUUUCGGAGCUAGGCCUCGCUAAUGCUUAUGUUAAUACAGACAGAACCAUCAGAAUAAGCCAGCUGCUUAUUAAUGGCUCACUGAUACGCAGUAUGUAUUUGGACUUUCGAAGUGGAAAGAUUUGGGUUCAACCAGAAUGCCAGAAGUUGCUUGCGCCAGUGCUUGGCAAUCUACGUCUUGUGAAUCUGGAUAAUCUUCCUGAAGAAUGUGAUAUCGCUUGGACAUUGUUCUUUCUUGAAGCUGCACCGUCCCUAGAGGAGCUUUGCAUCAUAGUAUGGGAUCACAAGUGCCACAUAGAUUCACGACAGAGUUACUCCAAGAAAACGGAUUUGAAGUGGGAACCAUCCACCGCAGAUUUCAAGCACAAGAAUCUGGCCAAGCUUACCAUCCACGGCUUUGAGUCCAACGACAGCUUCACGAGAUAUGUCACGCACGUCAUGAAAGCAGCGGUGAACAUCCGGGUGGUAUCUCUGCACGACAAGAAAGUCUGCAAGCACUGCACUGGUAAAUUCAGUCAUGUCAAGGUUCGCCCUUCGAGCUAUCCACAAACCGAUGAGGAGAAAGACCUUUUGAGUAGGAAGAUUACAGGGUCGUUGGUGGCAACUUCUCAUGCUGUGAUUCAAUUCCGGCCCUCCUGCUAUUAUUCACCUCCAGUCAUGGAGAUUUUGUAAUCUAUGCAUGGCAUCUCCAUGAUCUCUAUUCUUCUAUGUAUGUGGUCAAUAAGAGGCAGUUCCGUUCUCCAGAACUUAGCAGCUACACAUGCAUCUUCUGUUGAAUUAAUUGAAACA